AUUGAAUCCCAUAAUAAACUGCAAAAGAACGAAUUAUUCUACCACUUUGAAUCGUUAAUUCGUUGUUCACUGCUUAUGCAACAUAACCUAAAACUUGUUAACCAAGUAAAGAAAAUAUGUACAAAAUGUUUCGUGUAGCAAUGGGUAGGAGAUUGUUGUGCACUGGCUUUCCUCCAUUUGCUUUGUGGAAUGCUAACAAUGACGACAUUCCUAACGAUAAAAUAGAAUCUCUGAAAGUGGCCGAAAUCGGUGUAGACAGAUUAAGAAACAUGUUUAACAAGAAGGAUGGCAAAAUGACUAAAGAAUUGCAAUCUGUUAUUAGCGUAACGAUGGGAGCCACUGUAGGAGGAUUUUUGUUAGGUGGAUUGUUGAGAGCUAGAUUAAUACCGGAAAAAUUUAUAGCGGAGAAUCAGGCAACCAAGUUUCAAAAUAAGUUCGACGCACAGAGACAAUUGCAAAUGAAAUUUCUCAAUGAAUUCAUGAGAGGUGGUGCGAACCUUGCUUGGAGACUCGGAGCUUUUUGUUUUAUGUUCCAAGGCAUGGAAACUUGCCUGUAUGUGUACAGAGGGAAAUACAGUAUAAGUAAUUUCUUGUACGCUGGCGCUUUAACCGGUUUCUUGUUUAAAGCAAAUAUGGGACCUAAAGGAGCAGUUGCUGGUUCUUUUGCUGGCGCAGUGUUGGGUUCCAUGUAUGGUAGUAUAACGAUAUUGUUAUUAUAUCUAACAGGAACCAAGAUAGAGAAUGUUUAUGAGAUACACGCAUCCACAAUGAACACAAGAAGAAAUGCCAUAAAGAAUAUGUCUACACCAUAUAUAUGCAAGGAGGAUGAAGAACUUAAGAAAAGGUACAGCCAGAAUGAUCGUUUGAAUAGCCUACUCGAAAACGAAAUUGAAGCAAGCAUCUAAUCGUCGUUAACAAAUUGAUAUAUUUAAUACAUGUAAAAUAGUCUACAUAAUGUCUUAAUAAUUUAAGAAUGACAAAACUACAACAAUUAUUCUCGAAGUCAAAUACAAAAUAACUUUAGAUAUAAAGAGAUUAAUAAAGGGAACUUUAGAAAUGAUUAUAAAAUAAUGAAUUAUGUAUAAAUCAAAUAAAUAUAAUAUAAUAUUUCUUA